AUGCCUGGCAAGCACAUUGACGACAAGCUUCUUCUGGCAGGAUUGGAGACGAAUUGGGACUCUUCCGACCGCUUGGCCGUGCCGAGUCUGAGCAUCCCCAAAGUCGGCAUGUACGAUCGACCACCGCUCGAUCCAUGCCCUUCAUAUACCUCGCGAGCAAGUCCCACGAUGAGCUCAUCCUCCACGACCGAAUGGAAGUAUAACAAGCCGCUUCCCCCGGUUCCCAACCCACAAGAGAAACAUAUCCAUGCCUCAUACCAGUCAGGCUCGCCCCUCGCGACCUCAGACACCUCGACCUAUGACUCCAGGCUCCAUGCCAUCGCGAUCGACAACGCCACAGCCACCAAUGGCACCUCGACCUCUUACUCCUCGAUCAGUGACCCCUCAGCCCCUGAACCCACGCCCCAUGACCCCUCAGCCCCGUUGACUCCUCGGUCUUUCACACCGCGACCUAACGAUCAACGUUCACUGAAUCCAGAAUUCUCGUUGGCCGCUGCUGCGGCGUUGAACGCAUUUCCGAACGAACCUUCAUGGCCACAGCAGGUUGACCCCCCACCAUCAACGGGCCUUUUCCCUCCAUACCAUUUUGAGAAGGGCCUCUUUCCUCCGUACAACCCAAAUACUAGCGCACCAGCUCAAAAUCGGCCUGACGGGCCCUCAAAACAACCAUCGAAGAAGUCGUCGGAGCAAAGGCUAUCCGCUAAAGACGACGGUGAGGAGAAGCCUAUAUGGCGAACGCUCAAAGCGGGAGUGCGACGCGUCCUCACCACUAAAGCUUCAUCUUCAAAUUUGAAGAAACCCAAGUCUCAAAAUGAUCGGCGAGCAUCGAUCAUCGUUCGUAUGUCCACGAAUCCGCAACAGUCACAAGAGUCAGGAGAUCAGCAACAUGAUUGGAUGCACAAUGUCGAGAAACAGGACGAAGAGCGAUAUCAAGAUGCGGUCAGCCGCAUGAAGAAUGUGCUUGCCAGCUUAUUAGAGGAUGGCUAUUCAAUGGACGCGAUUCUUCAAGCCGAAGCGAACCAAAAGUUUCUCCGGUCCCUCUUCUUGAGAGUCCAAAAUGACCCUCUUCUCGGCUUGGACGUUGCUCCACCAGCACCACCAAGUCGCUGUGCAUCUCCUGCACCUCUUCAGCUCACGCCUACCAGUCCUCUACCUCCAUUACCUUUCUCUCAGACUCAUCCUCCCCCUACCCCUGCUUCUCCCGCUCCUACCUCCAAGACCCGCAAGACCGGCGCCGAGGAUGAAGACGCUUGGGAAUAUGUUGGCUACGAAGACGACGCGACGAUGCAGGACGACAGUCCAUCAAUACACGUCUUCAGCCUCGGCGACAAUGAAUCGGACACCUCCAGCAUCUACCCACGCUACACAAAAAUGAUGGCAGAGAUUGAGGACGACCUAAGCAAAGCAUUCCCGCCCACGCGCUGGAGUCUGACCAAGCCCGGCCUAGAAGACAUGACCCUCCAAAUCCUCCUCCAAAUCGACGAUCUGGACGACCUCUUCGCCUUCACCCAGGUCAACCGCGCCACAUACCAAGUCUUCAAGCGCCACGAACUGCCCCUGAUGCAGAACACCAUCCGCCUCAAAUCACCCGCCGCCUGGGAACACCGCCAGAUGAGCGACAUCAACUCGCAGGAAUCCUCGUCGGAGGAAGAACCCUUCACGGCCGAGAUCUACUACCGCCACUACACCCGCGACCAUCGCACGCUCGCCACGCUGAAGGGCCUGAUGAUGACCCACUGCCGGGCCGUGAUGCGCUCGGCCUCGUACACGGCGCUCUCGCGACCGGCCAGCCCCGCGGCCCGCAAGAUUGACAACGCGAUCUGGCGCGUCUGGACCUUCUGCCACCUCUUCGGCAUGCAGACGGGCCGCGACCACGAUAUCGACGGCCAAGUCAGCUGGCUGCGCGGCGAGGUGCGCUCCCCGUUCCAGCCCUGCCCGGACCCCAACGACGUCUGCAGCAUCUUGUUCGACCCGCCCCCGGGCUUCGGCGAGGGCAACAACCCCGGCGGCCUCUCCGUGACCGAUAUGCAAGACAUGGACGAGGUCUGGACCUGUCUCAAAUACAUGUUCGGCUUCCUGCGCGGCGAGACCGAGCGCGCCCGCCGCUUCGGCGUCUUCGCCAAUGCCACUGCUAAUCGCGGUGACGGCGAUGACGACGACGACGACGGCAGCGCCUCGUCUCCUCCUCCCCCCGACACCGACAAAAGGAAUCAGGGCAUGAUCAUGCUGCACGAGUGGAUCUACUACCUUAUGACCCUGGGCCCAGAGGCGGUCGUCGAGCUCGCCCCCCUGGGCCCGGAUACCCAUGCCGAGACGACGUUCCAGCGCGCCAUGUCGCGCGGGUGGACGACGUGGUCGGCGCCCCGGCCCGGCGCCACGCGCAGUGCUUUCUUGACUGAUGCGUUGGGCCGGGUGUCUGGUGGAUUGCGGCGGUUGGAGGAGUUGCAAAGGGAACUGUGGUAUAAUUAUUUGUGA